CCAGAUAGAGGACACGUUUGAUAAAAGUUCUGUGAAUGCUAAGGCCGUGCUUAUGCUUGAUGCUAGUUCGCGUGCAGAGAAAAAGUUGUUUCUCUCGGUGUGAAUACUACAAACGCUAAAAAUAAUUUAAAAUGGAUUUCAAGUUUGGUGUUGCACCACUCGUGAUACUUUUGUACCUGCACUCAUCGCUGCUGCGAACUACCUCGUCGGAAGUUACAGUGGAUCCAAAGUUCAGUAUGCCUAUAAAUAAUGUGACAGUGCCCAUUGGACGAGAAGCAAUCCUUACAUGUGUUGUACAGGAUUUGGGAAGCUACAAGGUUGCCUGGCUACGAGUGGAUACACAGACAAUUCUUACAAUCCAAAAUCACGUGAUAACAAAGAAUCAUCGCGUUGCAAUUGUGUGGGCAGAAAAGAAGACAUGGCAGCUCAAAAUUAAGGAUAUCAAAGAGUCCGAUCGAGGAUGGUACAUGUGCCAAAUCAACACGGACCCAAUGAAGAGUCAAAUGGGUUACCUAGACGUUGUUGUUCCGCCGGAUAUUCUGGAUUACCCUACGAGCACAGACAUGGUUGUCCGGGAAGGUAGCAACGUGACGCUGAAAUGUGCCGCCACAGGAUCCCCAACACCAACAAUUACCUGGCGUCGUGAGGGCGGAGAAUCAAUCACGCUUCCCGGAGGUGCUGAAGUACUGAGCGUCGAAGGAUCAACCUUCACCAUUUCACGCGUCAAUCGAUUACAUAUGGGAGCUUACUUGUGCAUCGCCUCAAAUGGAGUCCCACCGACUGUCAGCAAAAGAAUAAUGCUCAUAAUUCACUUCCCACCGAUGAUUUGGGUGCAAAACCAACUCGUUGGCGCGCUCGAGGGACAAAAAAUCACCCUCGAAUGCCAGUCUGAAGCAUAUCCCAAGUCCAUUAAUUACUGGACUCGUGAAAAGGGUGAAAUCGUUCCGCAAGGUGGAAAAUUCGAACCUGUACUCCUCGAUAAUGCAUACAAAGUGGUGAUGAAACUGAGCAUAAAAUCUGUAAGUCAGUCUGAUUUUGGGUCCUACAAAUGUGUGGCGAAAAAUAGUCUAGGUGACACUGAUGGAACCAUUAAGCUUUACGCCAUUCCUCCACAUACGGUUGGCUCUGGAGAAAGUCAGGUAUCACGGCCGCGUGGAAAAGUGUUGCGGAAGGAUGGCAAUGGACUCCUGGAUGCCAACACUAUUGUUGACGGGGUCGUUGUAGAUGGCGAUGAUAUCGCUCUCCGGGGCAAUAAUGACGUUAAUUAUGGUAGUUCAGCUAGCUCCAAGCAGUUCUUCCAUAUCUUCCACCUUUCUGUUGUAUCUCUCACAAUUAUUUGUUGUCAUAUAGAUCAGCUUUGAUGAUAAUUUUUGAAU